AUGCCCCCGACGACGCGCCACAGAGCAUCAAAGCGAGCCACUGAUGCUACGGCAUCGUCAGGGACCACGCACUCAAAGGGAGACGAAGCCAAACGAGUCACCGAUCUGACCAAGGAACAGCCGAAAGCAGAAGACAUACCGGCCAAGGGACCUCAGAAUGGGACAAGGAAGACCAAAGCAGCAAAACAUAAAGACUCUCAGCGCGCGAUGAGAACGAUGCGAUCAAAGCUCGUGAAGAGGUUAGAUGCAUUCGAUCAAGAUGAGAUAGCCGAUCACCAAGCACGACUCCUCCGUCGGGCCUCCAUUGCCCUGGCCGGUGAGGGGUUAGGUCUCCCUGUUGUCCUCGACGCUGCGACGAGUGCAGAUAUGCUGGUCCCAACCAAGGUGAUGGCACCACACAGAUGCAGACCGGCGCGAAGGGGUCGGGCGGGGAAGGGUUAUGUCGACGCAGGGGAAAUCCUCGGCCUCGACGAAAAUGACGAGCUGGGACUGUCUGCUCGGCACAUCCCCCAGAUUGGCCUGCGACGUCGAGUUGGCAGGAAGCCAGCGAAAGUUCCCUUCAGUCUCUGGAUGGCUUACCACCAAAUGGAUGACUUCAUUUACCGGAAUUCGCUGUCCAAGGAGGAAGUCGUCGCUCUUCCCACCGACGACGACGUGUUUGAUUUCCACAUUGGUGGGGACGCCCCGAGUCUCCCACCGGACUUUGCUUGGGAUGAUAAGAAGAGGCUGGUGGACCGACGACCUCUGGAGCAGCAUGAUGAGUGA